GGUGGAGGCCGUGCCCAGCUCCGCGCUCACGAAGCUGCGUCACUUCCGGUGUGUGCGUCUGGCGUCCGCGCGCUGCACAAUGGCGGCUCUGAAGAGUUGGCUGUCGCGCAGCGUAGCUUCAUUCUUCAGAUACAGACAGUGUUUGUGUGUUCCUGUUGUGGCUAACUUUAAGAAGCGGUGUUUCUCAGAAUUGAUAAGACCAUGGCACAAAACUGUGACGGUUGGCUUUGGAGUAACCCUGUGUGCGGUUCCUAUUGCACAGAAAUCGGAGCCUCAUUCCCUUAGUAGUGAAGCAUUGAUGAGGAGAGCAGUGUCUUUGGUAACAGAUAGCACCUCUACCUUUCUCUCUCAGACCACAUAUGCAUUGAUUGAAGCUAUUACUGAAUAUACUAAGGCUGUUUAUACCUUAACUUCUCUUUACCGACAAUAUACAAGUUUACUUGGGAAAAUGAAUUCAGAGGAGGAAGAUGAAGUGUGGCAGGUGAUCAUAGGAGCCAGAGCUGAGAUGACUUCAAAACACCAAGAGUACUUGAAGCUGGAAACCACUUGGAUGACUGCAGUUGGUCUUUCAGAGAUGGCAGCAGAAGCUGCAUAUCAAACUGAAGUGUUUUCAUCGAAGUCAGAAGAGGAGGAUGCCUGCCAUUCUCCACUACCUGUCAACAUUGUCCUGAAGGUUCUUGUUAAUGCAGUAAGAUCAAAAUGUUCUACAGAUGAAUUAAUAAAAUGUAUAUACCCAGAUGGUGAAAUACACUAACUAGCAGCAGGUAAAAUGAGAGAGCUCAAACUUUUUUUUUUUUUUGGGAGACGAGUUUCACUCUCGCCUAGGCUGGAGUGAAGUGGCGCGAUCUCAGCUGACUGCAACCUCCGCCUCCCAGGUUCAAGCAAUUCUCCUGCUUCAGGCUCCCAAGUAGCUGGGACUACAGGUGCACUCUGCCACACCCAGCUACUUUUAGCUACUUUUUUUGUAUUUUAGUAGAAACGGGGUUUCACCGUGUUACCCAGGCUGGUCUUGAACUCCUGAGCUCAGGCAGUCCACCCACCUCGGCAUCCCAAAGUGCUAGGAUUACAGGCAUGAGCCACUGCACCCAGCCUUUUUUUUUUUUUUUUUUUUGAGACGGAGUCUGUCGCCCAGGCUGGAGUGCAGUGGCACGAUCUUGGCUCACUUCAGCCUUCGCCUCCCGGGUCCAAGCUAUUCUCCUGCCUCAGCCUCCCAAGUAGCUGGGAUUACAGGCAUGCGCCACCAUGCCUGGCUAAUUUUUUUUUGUAUUUUUGGUAGAGAUGGGUUCGCCAUGUUGGCCAGGCUGGUCUCGAACUCCUGACCCUCAGGUGAUCCGCCUGCCUUGGCUUCCCAAAGUUCUGAGAUUAGAGGCGUGAGCCACUGUGCCCGGCCUUCAAAACAUAUUUAAGUGAAAAAAUUAUAAAACAUAUUUAAUACCUUUUAUGCUGUUACAUAAAUUUAUAGUAACGAAGUAUUUUUCUAUGCAUUCCUUUACCUUUAAAGAUUAGUUAAGGUGAUGAAAGGGAUCUUUGACAAUUUUAUUCAUGAUCUCUUUGUCAAAAAGAAAUGGAUGACGUGUAGUUAAAUUAAUCAAAGGUCUGUACUAAAAGCUCUGUAGCUAUAAAGAUGAUUGUGAGAGUUGCAUUUAAUAAUUGUGAUGUUGGCCGCUGACAGCUGAAGAAAAAUGCUGUUUUUGACAGAGUGUCAGUUAAAUCCAGACCUGAACAUAGAGGUGGAAGUUUCUUUGCAGAGAGAGAAGACAGGGAGGUCAAGGAAAGUGACCCCAAGAGGGGUUCAGAUGACAGCCACAGCACCCCCAGGCCAACGUCCACACGAGCCUUCCGCGCCCUGCACGGCUACUCAACCCUAUUGUCCCAUCUUUUGGCAGGCGCAGAUCAGGCCUCUAUAACCGCCAGGAAUCACAUUCAGCUGGUCAAACUGCAGGUGGAAGAGGUGCACCAGCUCUCCCGGAAAGCAGAAACCAAGCUGGCAGAAGCACAGAUAGAAGAGCUCCGUCAGAAAACACAGGAGGAAGGGGAGGAGCGGGCUGAGUCGGAGCAGGAGGCCUACCUGCGUGAGGAUUGAGGGUCUGAGCCCACUGCCCUGUCUCCCCACUCAGUGGGGAAAGCAGGGGCAGACGCCACCCUGCCCAGGGUUGGCAUGACUGUCUCUGCACCGAGAAGAGGCGGCAGGUCCUGCCCUGGCCAGUCAGGCGAGACGCCUUUGUGAGCUGUGAGUGCCUCCUGUGGUCUCAGGCUUGCGCUGGACCUGGUUCUUAGCUCUUGGGCACUGCACCCUGUUUAACAUUUCACCCCACUCUGUACAGCUGCUCUUACCCAUUUUUACCUCACACCCAAAGCAUUUUGCCGACCUGGGUCAGAGAGAGGAGUCCUUUUUGUCAUGCCCUUAAGUUCAGCAACUGUUUAACCUGUUUUCAGUCUUAUUUACAUCGUCAAAAAUGAUUUAGUACUUGUUCCCUCUGUUGGGAUGCCAGUUGUGGCAGGGGGAGGGGAACCUGUCCAGUUUGUACGAUUUAAGUAUUUCUGAUGUGUUCUCUGAUCUGCCCCCACUGUCCUGUGAGGACAGCUGAGGCCAAGGAGUGAAAAAUCUAUUACUACUAAGAGAAGGGAUGCAGAGUGUUUACCUGGUGCUCUCAACAGGACUCUUAACACAG